GUUGUGAAUAAACCAAAAUGGCAGCUAAGUUCAUCGUUCUCUUGUGCGCGGUAGCGACCGCUCGUGCCGGUGGCCUGUAUGGCGCCUCAUAUGCUGCCCCAGUGGCUGCUUACGCUGCAUCACCUCUGGCAUACGCUUCUGCCCCCGUCUACAAGAGCUACGCUCCAACUGUGUCCUACGCAGCACCCGCGUACUCCGCAUAUGCUGCACCUGCAGUUGUGAAGACUGUUGCACCAGCUGUGUCAUCAGUCUCUUCGUACUCUUCUCACACUUCCCACGGAUCUCCACUCCUGACUAAGGCCGUUGCUCCAGUCGCAUACACCAGCUACGCUGCUCCAUCAGUUGCCUACUCCGCUCCUUUAAGCUACGCCGCCCAUGCUGCACCUGUAGCGACCUACGCUGCUCACGCCGCUCCAGUAGCGACAUACGCUGCUCACGCCGCUCCAGUAGCAACUUACGCUGCCCACGCUCCAGUCGCUUACUCCGCCCCAUUGUUGAAGUACUCCGCGGCACCCUCUGUCUCCCAUGUCUCAUACAGUGACCUUUCCCACAACUACGGCUGGUGAUUAAUUUAAAAGCGAUUGCCAAUUGUGAUACUUUAAAUAUUUAUUUUUUUACAUUAUAAAAAUAAAAUUUAA